UCAAGGCAACAGUGUUGGACUAUUGGACGACGUGGACGAAUUGAUUCAUGUCAUGUCCGCAGGUCAGAAUGUUGAUGGGCGUGAGCUGCAGAUCCCGUUGCAGCGUGCCCCGUCUUUGGCCUUUUCCAACCCGGCCCAGCGGCAGUGGGCCGAGUCUGGUUUCCUGCCGGUCCUGGGCGGCUUCCGGGACCACUUCGUCCUGCCGCCAGAGCCCAAGUACUGCUGCGAGGCCUGUCGGCUGGUCCUGUGCAAUCCCAGACAGACAGAAUGUGGACAUCGGUUCUGUGAAUCCUGCAUUAACGAUUUGCUCAGUAAACCCAACCCCAUGUGCCCAGCGGAUAUGGAACCACUGUUUGACGACAAGAUAUUUCGAGACGUUUGCUGUAACAGAGAGAUCAUGGCUCUGAAAGUGUACUGUAGGAGUGAGAAAAACGGAUGCAAGGAGCAGAUGAGUUUACAGCAAGUCAUGGACCAUCUGAAUGUGUGUCCAUACUUUGAGGUACCAUGUCCUCUUGGAAAGUGUAAGGAGAAGAUGAUGAGAAAAGACAUGCCUGAACACUUGAGUCGUAAAUGUAAACACAGGGAGACGACCUGUGAAUUCUGCAAACAUAAAAUGGCCCUCACAGAGUUACAGAAACACAAAGAUACUGUGUGUCCUGCGAUUCCAGUGCCCUGCCCAAAUCACUGCUCAUUUUCCUCCCUUUUAAGGAGUGAGCUGUCCAGUCACCAGCACGACUGCCCAAUGGCCCAGGUCACCUGCUCCUUCAUUCGCUACGGAUGCACUUACAAGGGUCUGAAUCAAGAGCUGAGGGAACACGAGUUAAGCUUUGCCUCGGAGCACCUGCGUAUGAUGGCUGCAAGAAACACUGUUAUUGAGGCUAAGGUGGAGGACGUAAAAGCAGAGAUACAGGAGCGGUAUAUGGUUCUCCCCGGCCUGAGCUCCCGUCUGUCUGACGCCGAGGCCCAGUGCGAGGAACUCAAAGACAAGCUGAGGCAGCUGGAACAGAAGCUAGCCAGCAUGCAGAAGCUAAUGAGCUCCCACUCGGAGAAGCUGCUGUCGGUGGAGAUGGAGCUACGCGACCUGCGGCCUCUGAGAGGAGUCAGAGAAGAGAUGGACACGCUCAGAGCGACGGUGGAGAGUGUCAGGGCCAGAGUGGAAACGCUAGAGCUCGGACGAGGCGUCUCUAACACAGGCACACACACUUUAGGCUCCUUGGAGACGCAGCUCUCUCGUCACGACGACAUGCUGAGCGUCCACGACAUCCGAUUGGCCGAGAUGGACCUGAAACUGCAGAUCCUAGAGACGGCCAGCUUCAACGGCACGCUAAUCUGGAAGAUCCGGGACUACAAACGUCGGAAACAGGAAGCGGUGGCGGGAAAGACGCUCUCCCUCUACAGCCAGCCCUUCUACACCGGCUACUUCGGCUACAAAAUGUGCGCUCGCGUCUACCUGAACGGCGACGGCAUGGGGAAGGGCACGCACCUCUCGCUGUUUUUCGUGGUGAUGCGCGGCGAGUAUGACGCCCUCCUCCCCUGGCCCUUCAAACAGAAAGUGACUCUGAUGCUGAUGGACCAGGGGCCGAGCCGGAAGCACCUGGGAGACGCCUUCAAGCCCGACCCGAACAGCAGCAGCUUCCGCAGGCCCGUGGCCGAGAUGAACAUCGCCUCGGGCUGCCCGCUCUUUGUGGCCCAGACCGUGCUGGAAAACGGGACCUACAUCAAAGACGACACCAUAUUCAUUAAAGUCACAGUGGAUACCUCCGACUUGCCUGACCCCUGA